AUGCCUUUUUGCAGGGUCGCUUGGCAGACCGUGGCGUCUCGCUUCAGCAGGGCGGCGCCCCUCCUUCGCGGACACGUACCUUUCCGCCAAAUGUCAUCUGGAAAUGUUCCUGGAUCUUCUGGGGAGAAUUUGAUUUACUAUCUGUUUGUUGUUGGUGCUGCUAGUGCCGCUAGUUUUUAUGCGUACAAAACUGUCACUUCAGAUAAAACCAGGUACAAUGAACGUAUUGAAGAAAUUCAACGAAGAAAUACAGCAGAAUGGAAACCAAAGCCCUGGCCUCCUCAGUCCUUAGAGAAUGAUGAAACUGAAACAAAAGAAGUUACUGACACAAACGAAGAGGCAGAAGAUGCAGCGGCAGAAGAGACUGAAGGAGUAAUUGCUGGUGAAUCUCGAGUCCAGAGUGAAGAGCAUGCGGAAUCUACAGAAUCGGAGAAGGGAGAAGAAUCACCUGUUGAGGAGGCAACCUCUGGUGUGCCAGGAGGAGAGCAGGAUGCUACUGCCAACUCUGAGGCAACCCAGGAUCAAGGUUAAUGUUAGUAGAAUUUCUGUUAACAGUUUUGUCUCCUACCACAGGAAGCACAACUCUGCUCCCAGUAAAA